CUUCUCUUUUCCAAACUCAAGCGAACGAAAAGACCAACACAAUUCCGCAAAUCGAGCAGCUUGUUGAAGCAAUGACAUCAAUCACUUUGGAGAACAAGCAAAAUGGAAGAUUACAAAAGGCAUUUUCGCUUCUUUCAGACAUCGUUAAGGUUAAAGAAGGCGCAAUCCCAGAUUUCAGCCAUUCUGAUUCGACAAAGUCGCAUGCUGAACAUCAGAAUGCUAGAUGGAUUUAUCAGACAGCUCUGAUGCGAGGUGAUUGGCAGAUGAGAAAAGAAGAUUCAAAUAAUCGUAUUGCCAACAAUCCCGGACAGGAAAAAUCUCUUCACAAUGCUCCGCAUGUGAUUAUUAAAGAAAAUGGCAAGUUCCCGAAGGCCAAAAAGGCAACAACGAGAAAUGAGAAUCAAGAUGAGACCAUGGAAGAAGUUCCAUCUCAAGCACAGUCUCGAGAUUCAUCUCAAGUAUCGUUUCAAAUUCCACCUCAAGUAUCGUCUCGAAUUCCACCUCAAGUAUCUUCUCAAGAUUCAUACCAAGAUUCUUUACGGGCUUCAUCUCAAGUAUCGUUUCAUUCUCAAAUUCCGAAUCAAAUCCUAUCUCAAGUUUCACACCAAAAUGCAUCUCAAAUUCCAUGCCAAAAUGCAUUUCAGGUUCCAAAUCAAGAUUCUGUUCAAAGUUUCCCGCGAGAUGCAAACUACAGGGUACAGGCUUCUUCUUCGUCCUCAAGAAGAGUAAAUACUUUCGCAAUUGAGGAAAACUCUGAAACUUUCAAUCGUGCGUCCCAUUUCUGUACAUCGGGCAAUUCGUUCAUUGCGGAAGAAGAGAUUAUAGACACCGGCUCGAAUAGUGCUCCUUUGUAUCCGCAUGCUUCCCAGAGAAUGAUCCAAUUCGGUAGUAGCAGCCUGGAUGUAGAGGAUGAAGAGGUUGUUGCUGCAACUGCAGCGGCCGAAAUUCUUGCAAGUUUCAGAUUGACGGCCAGUCACGGUAACAAAAGGUGCGCAAAGACAAAAAGUUCAUCAAACAAGCAAAAUACUAAUUCAAACAAUACUGCAAAUUUACCUUCAAAUCAGGAUAAGAAUCUAAAAUCAAGCUUUUCAAAAGUGAAACAAAUCCCUGACGGAGCAACAAGUGUGAAUACCUCAAGUAAACCAACAACAAAUAAUACACAGAGAUGGAAAUCAAAUAACAAACAAAAAGAUGCAUCAAAAAAUCCACCAGUCGAGAUCAAUUCUUCCAAAUCUACUGAAACGCAUCAAACACGCAAGCAGUCCGACUCUCAAGAGACUGCAACAAAAGGAAAAUCCUGGCAAAAUGCCAUUGACGUGGAUAAUUUUGUGGCAAAAGGAUCUUGCUGGCAAAAAGCCAUCGAUGUGGAUGAAAUUAAUGAGAUUGAAUUGACUGAAGAAGUUCGUCAAAGUCCAAAAAACCGAAGUUUUGCGCUCAAGGGUAAAGAUGUGCGCGUCAAAAAGGAAGUAAAGCAAGAAAAAUAAGUUCGAUGCAUCGCACAAACGAUAUUAAUGAGGUUGAAAAGAUACGAUUGAGAGAGAAUUGAUGCGAUAGAU